AUGAGUUCCAUUCUUCCCGAUCGUCUUUUAACAAAUAUCACCAUAAACGUUCCCAAUAGCACAACUCAACAUGGCAAUGACCACAUAUUGUGCCUUCCUAUUGCCAAGAACUAUUGGCCUUCAGUUGCAGCUGUCAUCAUUUUCUUUGCCACAAAUUAUUUAGCACAUGCAGCGACUGUUAAAUCAAGCCCUGGAGAUGACACCCUUCUUCAGGGUUGUAAUGCUCUUUUGGCGUUGUUCUUUCCGAUGUCUGGCCUCCUGCGGGCUCUCAACGCUAUUGUUCGACUCCCAAUACGAGCUCGAAACGAGCUCGAAAAGGCAUGCAAAGCCGGGGCAUUAUGUAUGGUUGUUCGAGCACCUCACUGGAGACCUAAGCCUGGUCAAAAGUUUUAUGUGGGAGUAGUGCUUGAGGAUGAUAGAGACGUGGAGGAUACAGAUCCCGAGGGGCAAUUUGGACAUCACUCUUCUCAACCUAUAAAAGCCAACAUGAUAACAUAUCUUCCUUCAUAUGCCCGCGAACAAUCAUCCACGUGGGUACACUUUGAUUCUGUCUGGGCGAGAUCGCGCGUGGACUUACGAUUGUCGCGAGUACAUGGCACAUACGACCUUCCAGAAGGCUAUGAGUUUGCUAUAGUACCCCGCAAUACCUUUCUGAUUUCUCAAGUGGCUUCGGACACUCACGGAGAUCCAAGGCUUAGUAGCGAGAUCAGUGUUAGCUAUAGUGCUCUGAAAGCAGUGGCCUCACUUAUCCAGGUUGUCGCUGCAUUCACCACCCUUCUCUCAAAUCGCCCAGAUUUGAUUAGCCGCUGGGGAUACGCGUCAUAUCACCUUACAGUUAUACCAUAUCUUGCCAUGACUCUUGUUAACUUAAUCUCAAAUGUGGUCUCUCCAGACUAUUCUUGCUUGUACAUGAUACGCAGCGAGACUAUGGUCGAAGCAGAGAAAUUGGGUGGAAGAUUUGAAGGCGAAAUAGCCCAAAUGAUUUCUCUCCUGCCAAAAGAUGGGAUGCAAGUCGAGAAUCCAGCAUGGAGUGGUCUCACCAAAGAAGACCUUCAAAAAUUCUCCCUUAAACUUACUUCAACAGCUAGUGAGAUGUAUUUCUUCGAUCUUGUCACUUAUCUACUUGAUCUAAUCACUGCAAGUAAGGCAAAGAAGAAGCUAUCCGCUAGAGAUGCGGAAAUGAUGCAUUUGGAAGUAGUUUCUCAGCUCAAUGCUUCUACUACUCCUGCCGCAAACGAAUCUGAAUCAAGCGCGGCUCAGGCCAAUCCGCCGGUAGAUCCAACUGGUGAAAUAUUGCCUACUGGCAAUGAGAGCCCGGUGUUACAAGAUGUUUUCUUCGUCGAUGAAUUUCGUACACAGUCUAAUCUGGACAUCCUAGCAAGGCCAGUAGGUUCAACAAAUGAGUACCAAAUCCAAAUCCCUCGUCCACCCAGGCUAUCAUCAGGAAAAGGCCUAUCAUAUACCAUUCACCGGGUUAUGGUGAAUUUGUCAUCUGCUCGGGCUGAGAAGACAAGUUCAUUUUUCGCCAUAUUACAGAACAUGAAAGAAAAUAGGAAAAGGCUUGAAGCCUACAAAUCCUCCGGCUCCACCAGCUCUUACUUCAAACAAAACAUACUUCUGUACAAUCUUGCGUUGAAAGAUCGUAUUAUUCCAAUGAGUUUGGAUGACAAUGCAGAAUUCGCUCCAGUUCGAUCGGCUAUAAUUUAUCACCCGAAUUGUCAUCGGUUUCUCCGCUGGGAUGACUUUGCUAACCCGCCUAAAAGCAAUAAAAAAAAGUCCAAUGCGACCCAACUCAGAAAACUUUCACCGAUCACUGAUAGUGAAGAAAAUUACAUGGCCGCAUCUAUUUCCAAUGUGCGUACGCUACUUAAACUGCCGGGAAGACCAACUACGACUACUGCAUCAAUCGCCGAGCUCGAAGAGCUUCUUUACUCACCAACUAUAAGAAGAACAAGCGGACGAAUAGGAUGGGCUAUACUGGUAGAAAUUAGUAUCGGAAUUUGUGUUGUAGGUCUCUUCUUUGGGUUAAUUGCGGGAUUGACGAAAUUUCAUUCUGGCGAGAGUUCCGUAAUUGAAAGAGGUAUCAUGAUGACCUGGCUUGCUAGUGGUCUAUAUGGAUUCUGUCUUCCUCUUCUCAGUACCCUUGAGCUUCUCAAGAUCCUCUUUUUGUUUCCAACCAUUCUUUCUUUGUAUCUAUCGGGUGUUUCCGACCUCUAUCCUACUAGUCAUGAAAUUGGCAAAACGCUUCGAAAUGAGGAACAAAGUAUGACUGGCGAUUGGAACAAGAGGACUAAAAAUUUUGCUGCGGUGUAUACUAAAGCCGUGUCUAAAAUGUUCGUGGCGACAACUCCUGAUUUUGGUCCUCAGCCACCAGCAGCUCUCUUGUAUGUGUUUGCUUUUAUUCCUCUUGGGAUAUUCAUCCCGCCUGUGUGGGGAUUUGUGCUGGUGGGGAGAAUGAUCACGGAGUGGGGAGACUGUGUGAGAUUAUAUUGA